GGGGAUUCUUAUAUCCUACUAGCUCUACGCACUUUUUUUAGUCGGUGGAGUGGGACAAUUGUGGACUACACUGCCAUAUCGUCCUCGGUCCGGCAGAAAGUUGUCUACAGUGAGAUAUCUGAGGGUUUGGCGGUUCCGUCUCGUCGUAUCCUCGCAAUGAGCUCAGAGAAGCUGCUUAACGUAAGCGAAGUUACCGGCCGGGCCCGCCGAGACCGACCCGCGGCCCGACCGGUGACGGUGGCCGUGGCGGCCGGGGCGGGGGUGCUGGUGGUGGCGGCCCUCGUCUUCCUCGCUCACGAGGUCAAAUAUGUCCGAGAGAACGCAAGUCACCUGCAAGAUCAACUAGCGAAGGCAAAUGACCAGAUCCUGGCGCUGAAGGAUCGUACCUUGGCCAUGGAGAUCAAACAAGAAACCGCUGCGAGAGACAAGGAGGAAGUGUCCUCGCACAAGGAGGAAAUGACGGCCCUGAAAAUCCACCUGUCGUCCCUGCAGAAUCAACUAGACAGCGAACGUGCGGAGUUGCAGAAGGAGAAAGUUGACGGGGCGUCUCUGAGGGAGAGACUGGCUGUGCUGGAAACCAAGUUCCAACUCGGUGUCGAAAACGAACAACAACCAACCUACGGAACCUCUCAUGAGGAGACUGACCCCGAUGUGAAACCGAGUGAAGUUGGUGAUGACGUCAAGCUUGGUGAUCACAGCGCCCCCUUGCGGCGGUCUAAGAGAGCGGCCAACACCAUCACAACACCCUACGGCUCAGGUCCCUUCCGGGGUCCCGAGGGACCGGCCGGACGAGACGGGCGGGACGGCCGUGAUGGUGUUGCCGGGCCUCCCGGUCCUCCUGGUCCUGCUGGCGGAUGCUGCGGGAUUUGUGAACGAGGUAACUAUGAAACAGCAACUUAUUUGCAAAAGACAACCUUUCCGGCUCCACAAAGCGUCGGUAACUACGCCAAGCUGGGAACAACAUGGUCUCAGAACUUAAGAAGUUUUACUUUAUGUCUGCAAAUGCGUAGCGACAUGAGUUCCAACAGUGCAGCAGGUUUGGUCAGCUAUGCUGUACAACAACAUCACAAUGAGAUACUCAUCCUCAAAAACGGAGCGGGCGGAUUCUUAUUGUUCGUACAAGGUAAUCAGGCUGCCGUUGGUGUCUUGCCUGUUUGGGAUGGUGAGAGGCAUGCAGUAUGUGCCACCUGGCGCAGCACCAACGGAGCCUGGCAGGUCUACAUUGACGGCGCUCUUCAGGCUUCCGGCUCGGGGCUGAGCGUAGGAGGGGCAGUGCGCAGUGGUGGAACAUGGAUCCUUGCACAAGAUCAAGACAGAGUCGGGGGAGGGUUCCAGCCGGAUCAAGCGUUCAUCGGAGAACUGUCACAGGUGAACCUUUGGGACCGCGUGCUGACUCCAGCUGAGAUAGGGACAGACUGGUCAGUCUUCUGUGGUCAUCAUGGCAACGUGAUUGACUGGGCAACCACUAACAUCAAUGUUUUUGGACUGGCCACUAUGUAUCAAUAUCGCUGCAGUUAGUACUGUACCCAACUUAUUACAUUAGCCAAGAAGGUUACGUUUUCAGUUGCGCCAGGGUGUAGUAGCUAUGCUGUGCGUCUGUAUGUAUGUCAACAUCUUAACUCGAGAAGCUGUGAAUGAAUCUUUAUCUGAUAUUUGGUAGGCAGAUAGCAGGUGUAAAAAGUUUGUGCACAACCAAACUUGAGAAGCAGUGAAUGGUUCCACAUAAUAUUUAAUGGAUGGGUAGGGGUAGCAAAAAGGAAGGUCAAGUUAGAUAUAGAUGGGUCGCUUAUUAUCAAAACGCUUAUUUGAUUUACUGAGAGGAAUUGAUUAUGUCGCUUUUAAAUUUUUUUUAAGGAGUACUAACAUUAGUAACAAUCUUAAAUGAUAUUGUAAAUGUUGUUGAUGCCAUGCCAAUCUGGAUACCCUGAGCUGUGUUUUUCAAAUACAGUAAAUGACAUGUGUACCUCCAACAAGCGCAAAGCAAUUCAAUCUUCAUAUCUAAUAACAUGUCUAACAUUACCUUAACAUCACCUUUUCAGUUCAGAUCUAUUUCAUUAGACACUUGCUGACAAGUUUCCUUUGCUGUAUGAUAUUGUUCAUAAUCAACAAGCUUUUUAUCACUUCGUCUUGGAAAGGAACUAUUUCCAUAUACCUUUUGGUUGGUAACAGGAUACCUUUGCUGUACAAUUGACAAGACUGUACUCUAUGGUCCUUUAGUUUGUUUUGGCGUGCUCUUCUGUAAACAAUGGAGCAUUUCUAUCAGUCAUUUUAUGAUUGUUCCGAGAUGACUUUAUCGGGAUGUACAAAAAGUACGAGAGUAUUUCUAUCUAUGUUAUUUUGUCGGCAACGUUACGUCAAAGUCGAUGUUCUACACAAUAAAAAAAUCUUCAGCA